UUCACAGGAGUGAUUUGCUCCAAGCGUAUCUAAAACGUUUCGGUGUAAUCCACGCUGCGAUGCGACUUGAAGGACUACACUGUGGGAUUUGGAAAACCUCUUCCAUUUGACAUCUAUUCGAGUAAAGCGCUCAGAUCAAUUGCUGUGGCGAGCUUCCAAGUUCACAAGUCAAGCAUGAAUCUCACGGAGUCGCCCUGGCUCCUGGAGGAACCGUGGACCCUCAACCGAACAGAGGAGGAGAAACUUUUAUUCGGGAUCGGAACGGAUAAUUUCCUCACCUUGGUGGUUUUUUGUCUGAUCUUUGUGAUCGGUGUGCUGGGUAACUCCAUGGUGAUCACCGUCCUGGCACGUAGCAAGCCAGGAAAGCCACGCAGCACCACGAACAUCUUCAUCCUCAACCUGAGCAUCGCGGACCUGUCCUAUCUGCUCCUUUGCAUCCCUUUCCAGUCUACAAUCUACAUGAUGCACACCUGGGUCCUGGGCGCGUUCAUUUGCAAAUUUAGCCACUAUUUCUUCACGGCGUCCAUGCUGGUCAGCAUCUUCACCCUCUCGGCCAUGUCUGUGGACAGGUACGUGGCAAUCGUACACUCCAGAAAGUCCUCCACCAUCAGGGUGGCCAAACAUGCCUUCAUCGGUGUGUUGGUCAUUUGGAUUCUCUCUCUGGGCAUGGCAGCGCCCAUCAUGUAUUACCAGAACAUCUUUCACGGGGGAGAAAAUCUCACAUUUUGCUGGGAAGUGUGGCCAGACCAAAACCAGAAAAAAGUCUAUGUGGUUUGCACCUUUGUUUUUGGCUACGUUUUACCCCUGCUACUCAUCUCUUUUUGCUAUUCAAAGGUUUUAAAACAUUUGCACAAAAAGCUCAGGAAUAUGUCCAGAAAGUCUGAGGUAUCAAAGAAAAAGACAGCUCAGACAGUCCUGGUUGUGGUGGUGGUGUUCUGUCUGUCAUGGCUCCCUCAUCACGUUGUUCACCUUUGGGCAGAGUUUGGGACCUUCCCACUGAACCAGGGUUCCUUUUUGUUGCGGAUUGCUGCCCACUGCCUGGCGUACAGUAACUCAUCCGUCAACCCAGUCAUCUAUGCCUUCCUCUCAGAAAACUUCAGGAAGGCUUACAAGCAAGUGUUCAAAUGCCAGCUUGGCACCGAAGAUGUACCGUUCAAUGAGAUCAAGGAGGUCCGUAGCAAGCCAGACACACCGCCGUCAACGAACUGCACCAACGUUUGAUAUUCAAGGUGUGCAUGGUGUAUAACUAAUAUAUGGCAAAACUAAAACUGAAUCUAAAGACACAGUGAAAGCCCAAAAUUGUAGAUAUCAUGUGGUUGUUACCAUAAUUUACACAAUACUUCCAUUUAAAAACAUAUAAUUAUGUUGCUUUCAGAUUUAAUAUAUUCGUGGUGAAGCUUUCUCUUCUUGUGAUAUAUUAUGUUGAGGAAUGGAACCCAACAAAUCAAA